AUGUCCCCCAUCUCUUUCUAUAUAUCUCACUAUCUAUCUAUCCAUCUAUCUCCCCCAUCUCUCUUUUCCUUCCUCUCUCUCUCACUCUUUAUCUAUCUAUCUAUCCAUCUAUCUCCCCCAUCUCUCUUUCCCUCUCUCUUACUAUCUAUCUAUCCAUCUAUCUCCUCCAUCUCUCUUUCCCUCUCUCUCUCACUAUCAAUCUAUCCAUCUAUCUACCCUCUCUAUUUCCCUCUCUCUCUCACUAUUUAUCUAUCCAUCUAUCUACCCUCUCUAUUUCCCUCUCUCUCUCACUAUCUAUCUAUCCAUCUGUCUCCCCAUCUCUCUCUAUCUAUCUAUCUAUCUAUCUAUCUAUCUAUCUAUCUAUCUAUCCAUUUAUCUCCCCAUUUCUGUCUGUCUAUCUAUCUAUCUAUCUAUCUAUCUAUGUCCCCCAUCUCUCUAUAUAUAUCUCACUAUCUAUCUAUCCAUCUAUCUCCCCCAUCUCUCUUUUCCUUCCUCUCUCUCUCACUCUUUAUCUAUCUAUCCAUCUAUCUCCCCCAUCUCUCUUUCCCUCUCUCUUACUAUCUAUCUAUCCAUCUAUCUCCCCCAUCUCUCUUUCCCUCUCUCUCACUAUCAAUCUGUCCAUCUAUCUACCCUCUCUAUUUCCCUCUCUCUCUCACUAUCUAUCUAUCCAUCUAUCUACCCUCUCUAUUUCCCUCUCUCUCUCACUAUCUAUCUAUCCAUCUGUCUCCCCGUCUCUCUCUAUCUAUCUAUCUAUCUAUCUUUCUAACUAUGUCCCCCAUCUCUCUCACUAUCUAUCUAUCCAUCUGUCUUCCCCAUCUCUCCUCUCUCUCUCUCUAUCUAUCUAUCUAUCUAUCUUCUAAUUAUGUCCCCCCUCAUCUCUCAUUCUAUCUAUCUAUCAUCUUCUAUAAAUCUCUCUCUCCCCCUCUCUCUCUCUCUCUAUCUAUCUAUCUAUCUAUCUAUCUAUAUAUCUAUCUAUCUAUUCAUUUAUUCCCCCCCUCUCUCUCCCCGCUUCCGGCGUUGUCUUCAGAUCACCAAUAG